CGACCUCUCUACCGCGUGGCCGGGAGCCAGGAGAGCGGGAGGAGGCUCCGGGGGCCAUGGCAAACCCCUCGCCCGCCCGUAACCCCACCGAGGUGCAGAUGAGCCAGCUGGUGCUGCCCUGCCACACCAACCACCGCGGCGAGCUCAGCACCGGCCAGCUGCUCAAAUGGAUCGACACGGCCGCCUGCCUCUCCGCCGAGAGACACGCCGGCUGCCCGUGCGUCACGGCUUCCAUGGAUGAUAUCUAUUUUGAGCACACCAUUAGCGUUGGGCAAGUUGUCAACAUCAAAGCCAAAGUGAACCGAGCCUUUAACUCCAGCAUGGAGGUGGGCAUCCAGGUGAGCUACGAGGACCUGUGCAGCGGGAAGCACCACAGCAUCUGCAAGGCGUACGCCACCUUCGUGGCACAGAGCCCCUCCGGCGGCAAGGUGAAGCUGAAGCCGCUGACGCCGCAGACGGAGGAGGAGAAGAUCGAGCACAGCAUCGCCGCCGAGCGUCGCCGCAUGCGCCUGGUCCAUAAGGACACCCUCAAGGCCCUCCGCCCCCAGCUGGAGACGCGGGACGGCAGCGUGGCGGUGCCGGCGGAGAAGACGCGGGUGGAGAGCGUGGAGCUGGUGCUGCCCCCACACGCCAACCAUCAAGGCAACACCUUUGGUGGGCAGAUCAUGGCCUGGAUGGAGAACGUGGCCACCAUCGCAGCCAGCCGGCUGUGCCAUGCCCACCCCACGCUGCGGGCCAUCGAGAUGUUCCACUUUCGGGGACCAUCGCAAGUUGGGGACCGCCUGGUGCUCAAAGCCAUCGUCAACAACUCCUUCAAAAACAGCAUGGAGGUGGGGGUCUGCGCCGAGGCGUACGGCCAGGAGAUGUCCGUCAGCCGCAGGCACAUCAACAGUGCCUUCAUGACCUUCGUGGUGCUGGACCAGGAGGGCAAACCCCGCACCCUGCCCAUGGUGGCACCCGAGCCAGGGGAUGGAGAGAGGAGGUACAGAGAAGCCAGUGCCAGGAAAAAAAUUCGGCUGGACCGAAAAUACGUCGUCUCCUGCAAACAGACCGAGGUGCCACUCUCCGUGCCCUGGGACCAAAGCAACAAGGUUUAUCUGAGCUACAACAAUGUCUCUGCGCUCAAGAUGCUCGUAGCCAAAGCGAACUGGGCUCUCGCCAGAGAAAAGGAAAAGGUGCGGAUGUACACGCUGGAGGAGGAUAAGUUCCUCUCGUUCCGCAUCGAGAUGUCGGUGCACAUCGCUGCCAGCCGAGCCUUCUCCCUGCUCUCUGACCUGCGGCGCCGGCACGAGUGGGACCGGCACUACGCGAGCGCCGAGCUCGUCCAGCAAGUAGAUGACGACGACAUGAUCUACCACGUGGUGAGCCAGACACUCAGCAGUGAGAACAAGCCACAGGACUUUGUCAUCCUGGCCUCCCGACGGAAACCCUGCAGCAAGGGGGACCCCUAUGUGGUGGCUUUUCGGUCGGUGACAUUGCCCACCCACCCUGCCAGCGACAACUUCACGCGGGGAGAGACGAUCUGCUCCGGCUUCUGCAUUUGGCCUGAGUCAGAGGAGAUGACCAAGGUGGCUUACUACAACCAGGCUACGCCGGGGUACCUCAACUACGUCACCAGCAAUGUGGCGGGACUCCUGACUCUAUUCACCAUGUACCACCCCAGCGAGCUGCUGUGA